AGAGUAAAACGACGCGCCGGCGUCGAAUCGUCGUUUUGCCCUUUUUUCCCUUCACCCUCUGUAGUCUACGAAAUUAUGCUAUUAAUUAUGGAUUGUAACCCUUCUCCGACCAAACGUCCACCGAGUACCCCGACCAACAACCGUUUCCGCAUUACGUCCUCACAAAUAACGAAGCUUACUCGACGUAUUACGUCCGGAUUGUCAUAUUUUAAAGGCAGGUCAACUUCGAGCCAGGAGGAAACGCCAACUAUGAGAAGGCGUCUUCUUAGACAAUGCAGGACGGAGGCGUCCGUUAAUGAACCAAUAGCAGGUCGUUCCGGUUGUGGAAAAGAUAAUUUUGUCCAAACCGGCGGCGAUGGCGAUGAAGAUGACGGCGGCGGGAGUUACGAAGGCGGCGUCGGUGAUCAGGUAAUAAAUAAUUUAAGAAGCGGCGAAUAUAGCCUGAAGGGGUUAAAGACGUACCCUAAAAACAGAUGGCGCUAGCUCGUACUCUUUUUAUCUGCUUUAGUUUGUCAGUUGUUGUUUUUUUCCUUUGUAAUUUAUGGACAAACUAAUGAUAAAAGGGAACAGAUAUGGAGAGAAGUGAAAUGGUAUAGAUAAAUAAGCACUGAGAGAACAAACGACAAAGAGGAGCAAAUAGUAAAAAAAAAGAGAUAGAUAGAAAGAUAGAGAAAAAAAAAGAGAGAGAGAGACGGGGGGAGGGGGCGAGGAGAGAGAGACAGAGAGAGAGAGAAAAAGGAGAAGAAGUGAUAGACAGAUAGAGCUUGAAGAGAGAAGAGGGUAUAGCUAAUUGAUGAAAAAAACAAGUGAAAGGGAGUGAAACAAGUAGAAAGAACGAGGAAAUAUACUGAGAAAAUUGGAAAAAAGAGAAAAGAUAUACUGUUGUCAUAUAGUAUGGAAAAAAGGUUGGUCAUAGAAAGGAAAACAUGAAUGAAAAUUCCUGUAUUACGUUUCCCACAACCGUCAACUGCACUAAUCGAUUUUUAUACAACGGCCCCGACUUCUUUCCGCAAAAUAAACUAAAAAUCUUCCUAACGAUAAUAACCAGAUUCCAUAUUUUUCGGGUCCAUAACCCGAUCAUUACUGACAUGAUUGAGUUACCAACGAAGCGUUGUUAUUGAUAAUGGUUACCCCAACCUUAACCUCACUUUAUUAAAAAAAAACUAGAGCCCAUAUUCGUUCCUUUGUAGGUUUUUUGUCCUAACAACGAACUGGAAUUGUAUGCAAUAUUUAUAUAUGUUUCACAGGCCUAUUAACUAAAUUAGAAUCGCCAAGUAAUGUUGACGUUUCAUAAUGAAUAAAAACUAGCCUAUAGUUGUUGCGUAACUGGCGUAACAAACGUAAGAAACAAAAAAUAUAUGUGUAUCAAGAGUCAAUUGAUAAAUGAAUAACAAAAGAAAUAGAUUAGUUAGUGAUAAGGAAGAGAAAAUAGAAUGAGGGAAUAUAAAGAAUAUAGGAAACGAAGAAAAAAAGAGACGUAUAAAGCGAUCGAUUCUGUCGACUUAAUAAACUCGAUUGAUUUCUACCGCGGCGGAUGGAUAGAAUCCGAAGCGAGGGACACCUAUACCUAAGCACUUUUUAUAGACAACGUGCCUCAAUUAGAUGCUUGGUGAAACUCGCCUACACGUCUCCACUGAGGUGGUUUCUCUGUCUCAGUAAUAGGAAAAACAUAAGUGAUAAAACUAAAGUAAAUACAAUUGAGAAGAAACGAUAAAGAGUUUAUCUUGUAUAUUUCUGUGCGAAAAAUUUAAAGAUGAUUAAAGAGAUAUAAGUCAAUGAAGCGGAAGUAAGGGAAAAUAGAAAUGAAAGAUCUGGAUAGAAGUGAUGAAAAAUAUAAUUAAUUAGAUAUUUGGGAUAUAUAAUUUUUCAAAUCAUUGCUUCAGAAUGAGAAGAGUAAAUUCGGAUGCCUAUCUAACACAAAGGAAAUGUUUAGACCAUCCUUUUUAUCAUUUAGAAGUUCAUUUAAAGAGGGGAGCUCAAUUAGUCGUUAGGGAUUCUUCUGGUUCUAGCGAUCCGUAUGUUAUAUUUAAAGUUGGAAAGAAACAAUUAUAUAAGAGCAAAACUGUUAGCAAGAAUUUGAACCCAUUAUGGGACGAACGAUUUACUCUCCCAAUUGAGGAUCCAUCGGCAACUAUAACAGCUCAUGUCCUCGAUUACGAUCGAGGAUUGAGGAGAGAUGAUCCAAUGGGAUUUGUUACUAUAGACUUAAAUCUAUUAGAUUUGAAUAAAUUAACCGAGCUCAAAUUAAACCUUAAACCAGAGAAUCCAGAAAAGGUUAAGGAAGAUUAUAUGGGUUAUUUAGUGCUACAAGUUAAGUUGAUACCUAAAAGCCUUGAGGAAAAGGAAGAGAUUAUGGCCUGUCAGACCAAUAAGGUAAACACUUUGUAACUCUAUUCCUGGUCUAUUUUCUGUCUUUUUAGUCUUCUUAUAUACUUAAACAGUUAAUGAUAAUUUGGCUUUUAUUAUUAUCAAAUAAGUUAGUCCUACAUAUUGAACUUGUAAUAGUUAAAAGGUUGUAUCGCUUUUCUAUGGAAUAUAAUAACCUCUCUUUUUACUGUAAACAUAUCCA